UCUCUCUCUCUCUCUCUCUCUCUAUCAAUUGCUAUGUUAUUUCAUAUUAGUAGUCUUUUUAGAAUUAAAUUUAUCUGCAGGUUACAAAAAGAUUUCUUUUGUUUGAUAAAAGUUCGAAACAAAGGCCCUUUCAUCUAAAGAUAAUUGCUGCCUGUUUCGUUCAAAGUAGGAAAUGAUGGAUAAUUUCUUCAAGUAUAUUUAAAGGAACUUGGUAAAAAUUUAAGUGGCUUUCUAUGACACAAUUAACCACUUCAAUUGGGAAAGGUCAAGGUUGACUUUGUCGGUCAACAAAGGCUAUUCGUUUGGGUAAUAAACAAUUAAAUAAACAUAGUAAAUUUGAUUUGCGACGACGAUUGUUUGCGGAAGUUCGCUGAUAAGAACAAUAAAUAUAAAACUAAAUCAAAAGUCACAACGAAGAUUUACCUAGGUAAAAGUCUCAUAUUUUCGACGAAUGAGAAAAGUACGUAACUGUGAAAAAAAAAGCCUCAUCAAUAUGCAAAUAUUUUUACCGGAAGUACAGCUAAUUGGUCAGAUUUUAACCAAUCAUCGUCGAUCUAAAUGUUCAAGUUGUUCAAAAUAACUCCGUAAAUCACGUCCAACGAAGAGAAUUAAAAUUUUCAGACCGUUCGGAAUUUUUAAUAAACAAAUAAGAAAACGUGCUCUUCAAUAGAAAGCGGUGAAAAAAGACGAACGCUUUGUUCAAGGCGAGGAUUAUUCUAAUCUUUUUUGAAUGGAGAGAGUUUUCGCUGGAUUUAUUUACUACCGAUCAUGCAUUUUGGCAAGAUCAUUUUUCUAAUUACUACCGUUGAACUAAUAAAAGCAUGCGGAUCUGGUAGAAGAUUUUAUAGAGGCUCAAAACACCAGAAGCUUGUACCUCUUGUGUUUAAGCAGCAUGUUCCUAAUUAUUCUGAACAAUCUAUAGCAGCAAGUGGAAAAUUCUCAGCUAAAGUUCGUAGAGAUAGUAAAGAAUUUCAAAAACUGGCUUUUGUGGACAAAAGUAGUGAUAUAAUUUUUAAGGAUAACGAAGGAACCGGAGCCGACAGGCUAAUGACACAGAGGUGUAAAGAUAAAUUGAAUAGCCUCUCUAUUAUGGUAGCAAAUGAAUGGCCUGGUAUAAAGGUCAGAGUUAUCGAAGCAUAUGAUGAGGACGAUCAACAUCAGGAGGAAAGUUUACACUACGAAGGAAGGGCGUUAGAUAUAACGACUUCUGACAUUGAUAAGUCGAAAUAUGGAAUGUUGGCCAGGUUAGCUGUUUUAGCUGGUUUUGAUUGGGUUUAUUACGAAAGUCGAUAUUAUGUUCAUUGUUCUUGUAAACCUGAUGAUCUUACGUCAACAUUCGGUGGAGGUUGUUUUUCCUUAAAUUCUACUGUUCAAACAAAUUACGGAUUGAGGACGUUAACAGAACUCAAAAAGGGAGAUUUAAUUCAAACUAUUAAUUCUGAUGGACAGUUAAUAUUUACGGAAUUUUUAACUUUUCUACAUUUUUCUGUGAAUACUUUAACGACUUUUACAAAAUUGAUUUUAGAAGAUGGCAGAAAAUUACUUUUAACCGAUAAUCAUUUAAUUUAUACACGUAGAAAAGGAAUGAUCUUCUCUAGAGAUUUACUAAUUAAUGAUGAAUUAAAAAGUGAAAAAGAGUAUAUUAAAAUUAUAUCUAUUGACCGAAUUAAUCAGAUUGGAUAUUCUGCUCCUCUAACAAAGCACGGUACUUUACUCGUUAAUGGACUUUGGUGUUCCUGCUACGCCGAAGUUUUUAGUCACGAUUUAGCUCACGUCUCCAUGAAACCUAUUAGACUUUUGCCAAUUUUUGCUGAACAUGUGAUAAAUUAUUACGUUUGGUUCUUAGUUCACCUUGGAAGAUUUGUUUUACCCGAAAACUACUGGUUUGAUUCACAUUUCAGUCAAUAAACCUCUCUGCUAUUACCUUAAAUCGAACAUUUUAUCUUGAUUACCGAAAGAAAAAAAAUAAAGUAUAAACACAACAGAUGUCGCCACCAUAAAAUGACUUAAACUAAGUUCUUAAUAUUGGUAUAAACAUGUAGUCUUCUAUACAAAAAGAAAAGAUCUCUUGAACUUUACACCUUAAAUGGAAAAACUGCGUAAACGAAUAAGAAAUUUAUUUAAUAUAUAGCUCUAUAUAGUAAAUACUAAAAAUAUAGUAAACAAUAGUUUUAAAGUAGCAAAUUAACCUUUAAGAGAUGCUGUAAAUGAAUUGAAUCUAAAUGCAGAAAUAACAAAAAAAUAUCAUAUAUGAUGACCCAUGUAUGAAGAAAUCAUAAAAUAAUAUCUGUUUACUAGUCCUCAGUCAAGUAUAAAUAAAUUAUCGCUAUUGCUAAAGUAAUACUUCAAGAAAGUCGUAUUUCUUAUGUUCUAGUUAAUGUGAACUUUAUGCUUUUAUAAC